GUUGCUUAGGGCUCCGGGCGGGCCAGGAGAGUAGGGGAGGGCAAUUGGCAGCGGAGUCGCCGGUUUUCACCAUGUCCCUGCCGCCGGAGAAAGCGUCUGAGCUUAAACAGCUCAUCCACCAGCAGCUCAACAAGAUGGAUGUCCAUGGCAGGAUAAGGGAAGUCCUUGCUGAAACUAUACGGGAAGAAUUGGUACCUGAACAACAACUUUCAACAGAGGAUUUAAUAAAAGCUCUUAGACGCAGAGGAAUCAUAGAUGAUGUCAUGAAAGAGCUGACGUUUGUUGCUGACCUAGCUGAUGGAGAACUGACUUCUUCUCCAAAACCAUCUAAUUUUAAUGAUAAGCAGGCAACCCUAUUGAAAAAAACUAAUAUUGAUCCAACACGGAGGUAUCUUUACCUUCAGGUUUUGGGUGGAAAAGCUUUCUUGGAACAUCUUCAAGAACCUGAUCCUUUACCUGGACAAAUUUGUUCUACCUUCACUUUAUGUUUACAUUUUCGAAACCAACGUUUCCGCUCUAAGCCUGUCCCAUGUGCCUGUGAACCAGAUUUUCAUGAUGGUUUUUUGCUUGAAGUACACAGAGAAAGCUUAGGUGAUGGAACUAGAAUGGCUGAUGCAACAACAAUGUUAUCAAUAUGUGAUCCAGUACAUAUGGUUCUAAUAAAAACUGAUAUAUUUGGUGAGACCUCUUUAGUAGCAUCCUAUUUUUUGGAAUGGCGUUCAGUCCUUGGCUCAGAUAACGGGACAACCAAUAUUGCUGUGGAACUUCUAGGUGUAGGUACAGAAUCAAAAGUUUCUGUUGGAAUUUUAAAUGUAAAAGUUGAAGUAUAUCCACAACUUAAUCAAACAUUGUCCCAGGAAAUAGUAAAUACUCAGCUUGCUUUGGAACGACAGAAAACAGCAGAGAGAGAGCGUUUAUUUCUUGUAUAUGCUAAGCAGUGGUGGAGAGAAUAUCUGCAAAUACGACCUUCCCACAACUCAAGGCUGGUAAAGAUUUUUGCACAGGAUGAAAAUGGAAUAAAUAGACCAGUAUGCUCUUAUGUCAGACCCCUUCGAGCUGGGCGGCUCCUGGAUACUCCAAGGCAAGCAGCAAGAUUUGUUAAUGUCCUUGGUUAUGAAAGAGCCUCUGUUAUUGGAGGAGGAGGUAAACACGAACAAUGGUGCACUCUACUGGCCUUUCUCUGUAGAAACAAGGGUGACUGUGAAGAUCAUGCUAACCUUUUGUGCAGCCUUCUCCUUGGAUAUGGAUUAGAAGCCUUUGUUUGUGUAGGAACAAAGGCUAAAGGAGUCCCUCAUGCAUGGGUCAUGACAUGUGGUACUGAUGGCACCAUUACUUUUUGGGAAAGUUUAACAGGGCAUAGGUAUAUCCAUAAGCCCAUCAAUCCUGAUGAUCCUCCAGCUGUGGAACAACCCAAACCACUCUACCCAUAUCGAACUAUAGGGUGUGUUUUCAAUCAUCAAAUGUUUUUGGGGAACUGUCAACCUUCUGACUCAGUAGAACUCUGUGUAUUUGAUCUGAAUGAUGAGUCCAAAUGGAAACCCAUGAGUGAAGAAGCAAUCAAAUCGGUUUGUGCUCCUGGUGCAACAACUUCACUUCCUCCCUUUCCCCCACUUUGUGCUUCAGUGAUUGAUUCUUCAGUAACAAGUAAUGAAAUCGAGAUGCAACUGAGAUUGCUGGUGUCAGAACACAGGCAGGACCUUGGCCUCACUACCGUUUGGGAAGACCAGCUCUCUUAUCUUUUGUCACCAGCUUUGGCAUCUUAUGAAUUUGAGCGUACAACUAGCAUAUCUGCAGGAAAUGAAGAAUUUCAGGAUGCCAUAAGGAGAGCUGUACCUGAUGGUCACACAUUUAAAGGGUUCCCUAUACAUUUUGUGUAUAGAAAUGCAAGGCGAGCAUUUGCUACUUGUCUCCGGUCUCCUUUCUGUGAAGAAAUAAUCUGUUGCAGAGGAGACCAGGUGCGACUUGCAGUCCGUGUUCGAGUAUUUACCUACCCUGAAUCAGCUUGUGCUGUUUGGAUCAUGUUUGCUUGUAAAUAUCGUUCUGUGCUAUGAGAAGAAUCACAUUUGUUUUCUUUUGAGAGGGACUUGACACACUGCACAUCAUUAGCCAUUCACAGGUGCUUUCUUAUAAAAAUCACUAUCUGGCUCAUAUCAUAAUUUCAAUUUUGUAUAUAAACUUAACUAAUAAUGUUUGAAAUUAUUGGUGUGUGUAUUUAAAAAUUAAGGAUAAUGGACUUGUGUAAACUUGAGUGGGGUGUAUAGAUUAAGUGUAUAUUUUAUUUUAAUAAAUGCCACAUUGUUUACAGGUAUUCAGUAGUAUAAAUAUAAUAUUACUCAGUGCCCUGAAGUUCAUAAUUAUUCAUGCAAAAGGUAUGUCUCUAAGGGUAUGUAUUGUGGUAAGAUCAAUAAGACUAUUAAGUUUUACAAAUAAAAUUAUUUAAAAUUUACACAGGCAGAAGUAAUGUAAGUUAACAUUACAAUAGCAAUUAUAGCUGAAAACAAGUGAGGAAAGUAGAUUUUGAUAAUUCAUUAUAGGGUCAGCCAACCAAUGGCUCUUUAGUAUUUCCUCAUCCUAAAGAUCCUUUGAAUGAAGUAUGAAGAAAAACAAUCAGUAACUCCGAUGUUCUAAAUAAAACAGAUACCAUGUGAAAUGAUUGAAUUAUGUAAAUGUCAAAUCUACUUAGUGUAAUAAAUGGUUUGGUGUUAAGACAGGGAGGUGAAGGGGCCUCUGUCAUUGACACUGAUAGAUUCUAUGAUGAUAGGAUAUUGUUAGGUUAGCCAGGCCUACAUAUUUUCCCUCCAAAAAAAUCAUAGCCAUCAUCUGUUCUUGGAAGAGCUCAGUGAUCCUCACCAUUUUAUCUCAUUUCCUUUCCACCUCUAAAUAUGUGGCAUGUGUGAUCUCAUUUGUAAAAAAUAAUUUGUGAGACAUGUGAAAAUGAGUGGGUAUGAUGGAUUUAAUGUGUUCAUUAGUAGUAAUAUGUAGGGGGGUGCAGUUAGGUGGUUCACUAGAUUGAGAGCUAGGCAUGGAGAUGGGAAGUCCUGGACUCAAAUCUGGUCUUAGACACUUCCUAACUGUUUGACCCUGGGCAAGUCACUUGACCCCCUAUAGCCUAGCCCUUACCAUUCUUCUGCCUUGGAACCAAUACACAGUAUUGAUUCUAAGAUGGAAGGUAAGGAUUUAAAAAAAAUUAUGAUCUGCAGGAAAGAGUAUUUUACCACUGGUGAUAAUACCACAUUACAUUUUAUAAUAAUACAUUUUAUAAUUUUAUAAACUGUACAGUUUUCAAAGCAUUUUCAUGUUAUUUAAUUUGAUCUUUAAAAUGAUCCUUUUAGGUUAAACAAGACAAGUAUUAUUUCUUCUCUACUUAACAGAUGGCAAAGCUGGGACUCUGAACAAGAGUAAACCCAAGGUAAAUAGCUAUUGAAUUACAGAGAUUGUACUAGAAUCCAGAUCUUCUGACUACUACCCCAGGUUAUACCUUGUUACUUUCAGAUAAUCAUUAAGGUAGGCACUUGAAAGGUUGUGUAUACCUUCUUUUAUGGAGUCAAUAAGAAUUUGAAUGGGGCAAAAGAUACGCUUGAGUUUUCUUACUUGAACACAGUGUUCAUUGACUUAUGCCCAAUUCUACUUAUUCCUAUUUUAAUCAUCUUAGGAACCAUGUGUACUUGAACAAAGGAACGAGUAUGGUAAGGCUAUAACCAAAAUAUGUCUACAUAUCUAUUACUGGGGAAAUAGUACCUUUAAGUCUUUUCAGGUCCAUAAUCACUGUAAAAUUGUCCUGAUAAUUUUACCAAAUUCAUCAGAACACAUAUAAUAUUGAAGGUCCUUUAAAUAAUAAUUGAAAGGAAUAUCUUUUCAAACAAAAGGAAAAUUGCUUUUUCUUUUCCUGAAUUUGUCCAUUUCUUAUCUUUUAUAUAUCUCUAGAGAUUAAUGGUUUGUUUUAAAAGCAUUAAAAAUCUAGAAUUAUCUUACAUUCUAAAAUAUACUUUUGGUUUUAUUUUUCAUCAUAAGGGUCAUUACUUAAUUUGUGCUUUUUAAAAAAUGAAGUGUAAAAAUACCUCACUAUGCUUUUUUUUUCUGCACCAUUUUUACUGAAAAAUUGAAUGUUAUUUGUGAGAAUUAUGAAUUGCAGAUUUAGUCAAAUGGGAUUUAAGAAAUUUCUACUAUCCUACCAAAUGUGACAAAUAAGCUGGGAAUAGAAUUCUUAAAUGAAAAUUGCCUAUUUGCUUCACACUGAACUCAUAGCAAUCAAGAUUUGGGCAUAAAUUUGGAAACAACUUAAUGUUAUCUAAUUACAAUUAGUGUAUGCAGAGACAAGAAUAUUUCAAGACCAAUGAAUGCUAUCACACUACUGGGCUAAUAAAUGAGCAAUAUAAAUAUAUGAUGAUUAAAAGUAUGUCUGUAAUUUAAAUUCUAGCUUAAGGUAAAAUGAGUUUGGUUUUUAAUGCAUUGUAGUAGAAUGUUAAAUGAAUGUUAAUAUGUUUUACUAUUCGUUGAAAAAGCUCAUUUGCCUAAGAUUGUACCAAUGCAUUUCUUAUUCCUGACUUAACUGCUGCUCUACUUCCAACUAGGUUUUUUUUUUUUUUAAUUAAAGGUGUGCUCAUCUGCUGGGCUACUAAAGUUGUUCUUCCUAUUAAUCAAAAUAUUGUUCUACUGCAAUAUCUAGCAAUAUUUUCCCUUUGAUAAUAGGUAAUUUUAAAAAGUAUAUGUGUAUAAACAUAUACACACACGUAUAUGUGUGCUUAUUUUUGUAUACAUACACCUAGGUGAUAAAUACUUUUCAUCUUUAGGGAAAAGAAAUCAGGGAAUUAAAUUUUUCAAAGCAAAAAAAAAUCUUUUGUUUAAAGUUAAGUGCUGUUCUGAAGUGGAGUCUAAGCCAAAUAAUUUUAUUUAUUCAGUAGUCGUCAAGUUCCUUCUAUAUGUAAGGUAUUCAGCAUGUUUUUUUCAUGUUGUAAAUGCCUUGUUAUAAAUAUGAUAAACUAUAUAACCAGGAAUCUUCAGAAGUAUGCACAUUUUAUUCUCUUCUUCCCAAAGAGCUCAGGCUGUCCUUGAGACAAGUAAAGGACUGUACACUUUAUAUUUGACCUUUUUACAUUUGAAAAGAACAUUGCUGAUAGCAUUAUUCUAUGCCAAACUUCCCACCAUCAGUAGGAGUUAAAAAUGAGUUGUUUAUAGUGAUUGCUUACACUAACUCAUUCGCACUCUUUGGUUUACCCUGCAGUUUCCAAAGCAAGAAAAGUAGCUGAAGUUAUGAUGUAAUCUGUAUUUUGCUGACCGAUUUUUCUGGGUGCCUUUUAUAAUCAAGCAUUUGUUAGACCCAAAGUGAAUGGGGAAAAUUCUAUUUCCAACAAUCAUUUAACUUUAUCUUUGUAAACAACAUUACUGUUUGCUACUAUAUCGUGUUUGUAAAAUAUCUUAAGAUCAUUAACCAAAGGCUAAGAAAAUUGUAAGUCUUUAAAAAAAUUUUUUGCAGGUUCAUCAUCUUUUAAAAUUAGAAGCUUAAUAUUCAUCAGUGAAACCAAUUAAACUUGAUUUCCAACUAUUUCUAUUUUAAAUAAAUGAAUUUAUAUGCAUAAAA